CGCAUUGAAUUCGCGGGAAACAGAGAGAAAACUCGUACACCGAUUGCUGGGGUGACUAGAACUAAGAAGACUUACAGGGGCUAACGAUUGAACUUCACAAUAACUAUGGGGCGGAAAUCAACAAAAGGGAAAGAAAGGAAAAAGAAACGAAAGGAGGAAAAUGCCAAGUACGAUGCAGCCCUGGUAAAAGUGGAAGCAGCAAACAAGAUACCAGACCCCCUAGAGUUAGUGGCACCAUUUAAAAAAUUUGAGAGGAAUGGUUUGAAGUUGAAAAUUGAGUGCAAAAAGGUGACAGAUAUGGAGAAAGAAUUGAUAGACUGGGCAUUUCAACUGACCAAGGCUAACAUGCAGAAAAUGUAUGAAGAGAGUGACUGGGGAUGGAAAGAUAAGGAUAAAUACACAGAAAUGACGGAGGAGAAAGCCCAGUAUCUGAUCGCCUCCGACAUCACGACUGGUAAACCUGUCGCCUUCACUCACUUCCGCUUCGAUAUGGAGUUAGAUGAGGAGGUCGUGUACUGUUAUGAAAUCCAGUUGGAAACAGAAUGCCGACGGAAAGGCCUGGGUAAAUUCUUAAUGCAGAUUCUGGAGUUACUGGCUUACAAAACAGAUAUGACCAAAGUGAUGCUGACUACCUUUAAGAACAACAAAGUCUCCCAAGAUUUCUUCAAGAAAACAAUGAAGUAUGAAGUUGACGAGAUCUCCCCAGAAGAUCCCUUGUUUGAUGACGGCUACCAUUACGAAAUCCUCAGCAAAUCAAUUAAACCUAAACCUAAACCGGCAACCUCAGACUCCGUAACUACAACUGACACGCAACCCGUGACAGCCAGCUGAUAAUGGGGGGUCAUAUCAUAACCUGUAACAGCCAGUGAUGGGGAGGGGUCAUAUCAUAACCUGUAACAGCCAGUGAUACUGGGGAUUCAAUAACAGCUUGUUACUGCUGACUCUGGAGGGGGGUGGGGGUGGUAAAGUUCACCGAGAUAUUAAAGGAGAGGGGGUGGGGUAAGAGGGAUGGUUUUAUGGUAGAAUUAGGUGGCUUUGAAUCAUUGCUUUUUACUUUACAUCAAGCGGACAAGAUUUUGAUGUGAGUAAUUGACUCCAUUAUGCACUCAGACUUGCCUUAACUGAAAUGUUCAGGACCAGGGAGAUUUAGAAUUAACAGGUUGUGUGAAGAAUUUACUGCAUAUAUUGAUGAUUUGGAUUUAUUUCUGAUGUAGUUGUCAAAAAGUUUUAAUGUAAUAUUGAUAAUUCUCUGCAGUUUCCUUAUGUAACUGUCCUGACUUUGUAUCAUAACUUAGCUUGUUUUUGUAAAGCAAUGAGAGUAAAACAAUAAACAUUGGUAUACACAUACAGUUACGGAGUGUAUUGAAGUCUUUGUAAUACAUUAUGGAACUCGAAUAAAGUAAACAUUAAUUAUGUUAAUCUGCCUCUUUUGACUGUUUAUUGAACAGGUGGAGACCACUAGAUUUUCUGAUGUCAGCAUAAAUUUGUAUGUAAAUUAGCUGUCUAACCUUCAUCUUUUGACUGUUUAUUGAAGAUGAUUCCUUGUAAAUGUGCAGUCUGUUGUGCUUCCAAAGCAAGCUGUUAGGUACACUGUCUGUAAAAGUGUUUUAUUCCUCUGUUAGUAGAGACUGCCAGCAAUUGACAAGUACAUGUACAUUGUUAAUAAAUGUGUUGUAAGGCCCCAAAAAAUUAAUCAUUAGUUUCUCAGGCACCGCCGUAUCAGUUCAAAAGCGGCCGCAUUGAUCA